AUGUCGUUAAUUAACUCAAAUCGCGAUGGUGAAGUUUUUGUGGAUGACGGUUUCAUGUUCUUAUUUGACGCUUUUAGCUCUGACGGUUCAAAACGGUUUUGGCGAUGUAGAUAUAAAAGAGAAUGUAAAGCUCGUGUGCAUACUGGGAGCCCUUCAACGUGGUUCAGCAUUAAAAAAAAAACAGUUCGAAGAAAACGAAAUGAAAUACACGCAGCACCAAAUGCACCGAAUGAUUUGAUAACACUAGAGAUACCAGAUACAUACAAAGUUUACUCACCGUCUGAAGGUGUAUGGGAAAAUUAUUUAUUAGACGAUAGCGGACCUAGUGAAAAUAGAAUUUUAAUUUUUGGAAGGCCUAGAAGUUUAGAAAUAUUACAUUUUUCAAAAGUUUGGUAUUGCGAUGGGACAUUUAAAGUAGCACCAACAAUUUUUGCACAAGUUUACAUUAUUCUGGCUGAAGCACUAAAUGGUGUCCAUCCAUUAAUUUAUGCACUAUUACCGAAUAAGCAGGAAAAAACAUACGAUAAAUUAUUUGAUAUGUUAAAUUUAUUAAAACCUGGUUUAAAUCCAAGAUCCGUGUCAUGUGAUUUUGAAUUGUAUAAAAAUGAUGCUGAUUUUUCAUUAUUUAUAAAAAUGGUCGUAGCUCUUUCAUUUGUUCCAAUUGAAGACCUAGAUGCCGCUAUACAACAAUUAGGAGAUGAUUUACCAGAAUGCUUACAACCUUUACUUGACUGGUUUGAGGACAAUUAUGUUGGGAGGGUUAAUAGAAACGGACGAGGUCGUCGGACAGCAUUAUUCCCACCACACAUUUGGAAUUUACACCUACGAGUUUUGAAUGGUCAAGAUAGAACUAACAACCAUGCUGAAGCCGCUAAUAGACGACUAAAUGUCGAAAUGGGAGUUCAACAUCCUAGUUUAUGGUCUUUUAUCAACUGCUUACGAAAAGUACAAGCUGGGCGAGAUGAAUUUUACAGCCAACUUGAAGCAGCUCUUUUAGAAUCUGGUGAUGAAGUUCUUGCCGACAAAGGAUUCCCAGGAAUAAAAACCACAGAUGAAAAUGUUGUUAUUGUAAUGCCUCCAUUUUUACACAAUGGUAGGUUUUCAGAAGAUGAAAUUCUAGAAACCUAUAAUAUAGCAAGUGUAAGAAUACAUAUAGAACGGUUGUUUGCUAGGUUGAAGCCGUUUGGCAUACUUAAUAAAUUAACUAUCGAUUACUUACCAUUUAUUGAUAACAUUGUUCAUAUGUGUUGUGUUUUGACAAACAUGCAAGCACCUAUUAUUAAGCAAUAA